GCAACGCAACGGAAAUGUGUUAGAAAAUAGGACUUUUGUUGUCGUAUCAGCUUACUGGGGUUUUUUAUUGUGGCAUAUAGAAUUCGACCUGUUUACGUUAAGCAGCUGAGCUUGUAUAUGUAAAGGACACAAAGCUACACACAUUUUUGUACAUGCAAUCAAGGAGUUACAACUCUGUUAUAACUCCUUGAUGCAAUGAUGGUUUAAAUUCAAACCAGGUACAGAUCGCGCAACAAGAUCCCAAGGAAUUAUAUUUUUAUCCAGGCAUAUUCACGUCAAAAUCCACGAUCUCCUCGACUAAGACGGAAUUCUUAAAACAACACAUGUGAUCCUUGUGACCAUGCCGUUUUCAGCAAACCAGAAAGAUAUGCACAGGAAACUGUUAGUUGAGCUGUCCGAAGAUAUUGAUGACGAGCAAUAUCUUGAUAAUCUCAAAAGACUGCUGAGUGGAGAUAUUGGCCAAGGACGUCUAGCAAAAGCUAAAGACUCAUUGAAUUUAAUGAAUACAAUGGAGAACGUCGGUAUUUUGGCGGUUGGAAAGUAUGACCGUUUGAAAGAUAUGUUCCAACAUGCUGGUCUUAAUGGCCUGGUAACGACAAUAAAAGACGCCGAGGCGCGUAUUAGAGCUGAGAGACCAUCUCUAGAGGUCAGACCGAUGGAAGCUGGGACAUACGAGACUCCAGGCCCUGAACUUAGAAGGAAGAGGUCACGGCUUGGUACGGACGCGAGUACAGGUUCUUCCUUUGACUCCGAAACAUUUUCGCCGACGCCAAGGUAUCCUGUGCAGGUGGCCCCUGGAUUUAGUCCACAGCCUUCAGAACGUGUCUACCCUACGGAGAUACUCCGUCGCAAUGGCCUUGUCGUCAUCAUCAACAAUUUCACAGAAGAAAGAGAAGGUUCAGAGCUUGACGUGAGGCAUAUACAGAGAGUAUUUGAUGGUCUACUUCAAUACACGGUGCUCACAGGGCCAGGUUACACAAACUUGUCAAGAGAGCUGCUGGAUAGCAAAUUACAGCACAUAAAGGACAUGCUGCAGGAGCCUCCGGGAUACAACCGAUUCUUUCUGAUAAUACUGAGUCAUGGAGAUAAGGAUGGAAUUCGCACCUGCAAAACUGAUGGUAAAACCUGGGACAAUAAAAUCAUAACAGUAAACGAAAUAACUGAGAUAUUCCGAGAUACACCGCUCAUGAUAGACUUGCCCAAGGUGAUUAUUAUACAAGCUUGCCGCGGUGAAGAUCAUCAGAAGGCGACACUACGGCCAGAUACUUGCCCUGUCGACGACACCGAGUACCUCAACUUGCAGAUGGAAAAUUUGCGGAUCCAAAUUUCCACGCCAAUCGAUGCAGAUAACUUAGUGGCGUAUGCGACAACUCCAGGUCACAUUGCAUGGCGACAGACGGAUAAAGGUUCUUGGUUUAUAUACAACCUCUGUCAGGUUAUAGACACCUACCACAGAAAUGAACACUUUGUGGACAUUUUGACGGAAACGUCACGACGUGUAGCAGAUUUAACAUUGCCUCUAGAGUCAAACGGAAUCAAGACUGUUGCUAAACAAAUGCCUAUAUUUGUCUCCACACUGAGGAAGAAAAUGUAUUUGAUUGACACUUAAAAGUCGCAUAUAAUAAUCACAUAGAAAGUAAAACCGCCCAUAUAUUGUCAGUUGUGUAUGCAAAUACGUGUUUCUUUUUUGUAGAAUACAUACAAUACGUAUUAGUGCGCGUAUAGCUACACAUCAAGGGAGAAGGGCUUGAUGUUUUUGCAAGUUAUACUUUAAUUACUCUCUACUGGGAUCACAGAAAGGUAUUUCACUGGAUAUUCUACUGUGUAUUUUACACAGAAAUGACCUCAUCUCUUAAAGAGAGUAGCUUUAAUUCAAUACUGUGUUUAUUGUAAUAAGGCGGAGAUAGUUGCAGGGAUAGUUGUUUCAGCGCUGGUCAUACUGUUUUACAGUAGUUGACAAAAUAUCUCUAUCAAAAUGAUUUUUUUUUUUUGAUUGGGCAUUAUUCUUGUCGUUAAUGUUGGUUGCCACACAUUCAGUGAAAUAAACCGCUACUACUAUAUAAUUAUAUAAAAGACAAAUGGAAGAGGACGCACGUAUUGAAGUGCUGAAAUGUAAUUUUGCAUAAUAUUAAUUUGUAUGUAUAUAUAUAUAUAUACAAAGUAUGAUUUGUGCACGACGACAAAGCAAUACAUAAUCACUGAGCAUAUAGCAUUUAUUAGAAUUAUAUUUGAUCCAUGGAGCAUGACUGCUUGAGUAUUGUAGUUACAUGUAUAAAAAUAAUAUAUUGAAAUGUAGUUCAUCGUAGUGAACUUAUUAACACAACACAGUAUUAGCAGGCUGAAAUUAUUUUUUCAAAUUAAUGAUGUAAUAAAUCCCUAUCUGAAAUUAACCUGUAGUUCUAUUUGUCAAAGAGAAAAUAAACCUCUUUCCUUUCUUCAUUAAAAACGUUUGUACUCGUAUCACCUGUGGCGAGUUUUAGUUGAAAGAGUCUGUGCCUAGAUAGAAACAAAACAAGCUGCACAAGUCAUACUCCAGAUUUUCCACCAGCUAUACUUUUCUGGUUUUCAUAAUUCUCUUAUGUUUUGAAUGAUAUCUUGGGAUUUCAUUGCUCGUUCUGAAAAAAAACCUGGGUUGUUUAUACCUGUAUUCGAUGU